GAACCAAUUAAAAAUAAGAAAGCAAAAGAAGAGAACGGAGACUGCGAGAAAUGCACACACCAAGGCGACUACGGAUCAACCCCCUCACGCUCUCUCUCUCUCUUCCCCGCCCCUUCCUCCUCUCCCCUUCUCCCUUAUCUUGAAUCUCUUUCCCUUGAAGCUUCGAUCCGCUUAAUCCCCUCCUCCCCGGUGGUGUACGUCUCGACGGUUCGCCGUCCUCCGAACUUCGGCCGCCCAGAUCGGCUUCCCUCGCACGCAGAUCGGACGGGUUCGAGGUCGGGGGUGGAAGAUGCCGUCCUACGCGGAUCUGGACCGCCAGAUCGAGCAGCUUAGGGAAUGCAAGUUCUUGGCGGAGGCGGAAGUGAAGGUCCUCUGCGACCAAGCCCGGGCAAUCCUGGUUGAGGAGUGGAACGUCCAGCCAGUGAGGUGUCCCGUCACCGUCUGCGGCGACAUCCACGGGCAGUUCUAUGAUCUCGUCGAACUCUUCCGGAUCGGAGGGGAGGCGCCCGACACCAAUUACCUCUUUAUGGGGGACUACGUAGAUCGUGGUUAUUACUCUGUUGAAACAGUCACACUUUUAGUGGCCUUGAAAGUUCGUUACAGAGAUAGAAUUACAAUCCUUAGGGGCAAUCACGAGAGCCGGCAAAUAACUCAAGUGUAUGGUUUUUAUGAUGAAUGCUUGAGAAAGUAUGGGAAUGCAAAUGUGUGGAAGUAUUUUACUGAUCUAUUUGAUUAUCUGCCUCUUACAGCACUCAUUGAGAGUCAGAUAUUCUGUUUGCAUGGUGGUCUGUCCCCAUCCUUGGAUACAUUAGAUAACAUCCGUGAUCUGAACCGUAUACAGGAGGUUCCACAUGAAGGGCCUAUGUGUGAUCUUCUCUGGUCUGAUCCUGAUGAUCGGUGUGGAUGGGGAAUAUCACCAAGGGGAGCGGGAUAUACAUUUGGACAGGACAUUGCACAGCAUUUUAAUCACACAAAUGGUCUCAGUCUUAUUGCCAGAGCUCAUCAACUUGUUAUGGAAGGUUUCAAUUGGUGCCAGGACAAGAAUGUUGUCACAGUGUUUAGCGCACCAAACUACUGUUACCGGUGCGGUAACAUGGCAGCAAUAUUAGAGAUCGGGGAGAACAUGGAUCAGAACUUUCUUCAGUUUGAUCCAGCACCACGACAAAUUGAGCCCGAUAUGACUCGCAAAACUCCUGAUUACUUUUUGUAGACUUGAUAACCCUUGAUUGACUCAGAACAAUGUUUAUUCACCUUACCAUUUGUUAUGUAGAUGUGUCCUCGAAAUGAGUUUUGGUAGUUGGGGAGAGCAUCACGGUUCCAAUUGUUUGUUUGGAGUGCCGAGUUACACUGUUGAUGCUGCCCACUUCUUGAGGACUUCGAAAGGAACCUUCAGCGUGCAGUGCUGUUGUAUCUGAAAGACAAUGCCGAAGCAGCAAUAAGCAGCAAGAUUUUCUUGUUUGUUUCGUACGGAUGGCUGCCUUCAGCUGUCCAACUACAAGUUAUCCAGUUGAUUGAUCUUUUAUCCUCUCCUAUCUCAUCAUAUUUAAGGACAAUACUGCUAUAAAAACAAUAAGAGGGAUGAUAGGGUUUUUGUUUUUGUUUUC